AUGAUCCCACUAAGAUCACUGAAAUCGGCCAGACCCGUCGAUAAUGGUUCAACUCCGCAGGAUAGGGACGCCAUGACAGAUCCACCGUGUGAAAAAGAAAUGAAAGGCGUGUUCAAUCAAUGGAUCGUUUUUGACCACUAUUCAUCGCACGUCAUGGAUUACAAUCGGUCGGAACACUCGCCAUUGGACGGGCGAAGCGCAAGCAUGGAAGCCGAAGAUCACAAGCCAUUUUCCCGCAAAAACUCCUCAUCUGAAGCCCAGGUUGUGCAAGAGAAGCCGAAUGUCGCAUCGACGACUUCCAGCAGAGCAGAAACCCUUUCACAGAUGCAUGGGAAAUCCCCGGCUUCGACCGAGACUCCGCCGCAUCCUCUGAUGUAUGACUAUUGCUCGAAGAAGAAUGACGCGAUGGCGAGCGAUCAAGCCCUGUUGGCCAUUUUCACGCGAUCGAAAAAUUCGAAGGCGCUGUUGGAGUUGUCGACGAAAACUCCGAGCUACGAUUUGUCAUCGUUGGCGAGGAGUUCGAGGAUCCUUGAGCGAAUGUUGAACCAGAAUUUGGAUGAUAAUGUUUUGCUAGAUUUUCGUUAUUGGGAGGACAUGGCCGACGAGUUUCGUGAUGUGGAAGGUACACUUCUUCCUCUCUGGGACUUCGUCAACCCAGAGAACGCCAGGAAUCGAAUGAAGCUGUCAGUGACAGGGAUUUCGUGGUCGAUUGAAUAUCCGGACUUGUUUGCAGUGUCCUUCGGAUCGUGUAAAUUGAACUCUUUGCUAGUGUUCGUGGAAAGAAAGUAUAAUGAGGCUUUCGAAUUCAAAGAUGAUUUCGAUCAGCAGCAAAAGUGUGGAUACUUGAGUGUUUUCACGUUGAAGAAUCCGCCGGUGCCGGAGUACCAGUUCGAGAUGUGCUCUGGUGCCAUGUGUGUUGCGAUGCAUCCGCAAUACGCGCACUUGGUGGCUGUCGGAUGCUACAACGGCGAUAUUCAGGUGUAUGACCUGAAGACGAACAAUUGUUCUGGUGCCCUCUUGUGCGAAUCCAUCGCGCAUGAAAGUAGUCAUUUCGAUGCUGUUUCGUGUGUAUCCUGGAUCAAGGAUGACGAAGACGGUCGCGCUGUGCUUUUGUCCUUGUCAUUUGAUGGUUUCAUUGUCGAAUGGACGAUUUUGCCCGGAUCCAGUAUCAUCAAACGACACGAUGUUUUACGCGUCAAUAUCGAUCCCCCGAUCAUUCUCGCAGACAAGUCACUAUAUUAUACUCACGUUAAGUCCGCCUUGUUCAUCAAUACUUGCGGAACUGCGCUGGCUUUUCAUCACAGUGACGGCGGAGCUUUCCUUGUGGGAACCGAGGAGGGUCUCAUUUAUUACGGUGUUACCAUGCAUCAGGCCAGAAUCGUGAAGAAGUUUGCUGGCCACAGCAUGGCGGUCUAUGGUUUGUGUUGGAAUCAUUAUUCAGACGAGAUAUUUGCGUCCUGUGGAGCAGACUGGACAGUUCGCAUUUGGGAUAAGAGGAAGGACAGCACGGUGAUUGCGGUGGUUACUGGUAAUGGAGAUGUUUUGGUGUUCGAUCUGGCCGAAGACAGAUUUUCGCCGAUUUGUGUGCAAAAGGUGACGAAAUGGAAACGAAGUCGGUGCACGACCAUAGCUUUCAAUCCGGUGGAUCCCAUCGUUUCUGUGGGUGACAAC